CAUCGCCCUCUUCACAACUUCUCCUGCUUCAUUGAUUUCUGUGUAUCGAACACUGUAACUGCAGGCAACCUUGCAAUUGUGCUGUUCCAAGUCCCCGGGACGAUACUCGACUCUUCGCAUCCAAUAUGACCCAGACCGAAAGUGCCGACACGGCGCAAGAUGACUAUGAGGAGAUGCCGGGUGGCCCUGGUGCCCCAAUCCCGGUAUCGCAGCUUGUAGGUGUCGCGGGUCUUACAGACAGAGACAUCAAGCUAGUUGUCGAGGGUGGCUUUCACACAGUGGAAUCGAUCGCUUAUACACCGCGGCGACAACUGGAGCAGAUCAAAGGCAUUUCCGAAGCAAAAGCUAGUAAACUCUUGAACGAAGCAAUGAAACUGGUGCCUAUGGGCUUCACCACGGCUACAGAAAUGCACGCGCGGCGAAGCGACCUUAUUUCCAUCACGACGGGCUCGAAGAACCUUGACCGACUUCUUGGAGGGGGCGUCGAAACCGGUUCCAUCACUGAGAUCUUUGGAGAGUUUCGAACGGGGAAAAGUCAGAUAUGUCACACAAUGGCCGUUACAUGCCAGCUGCCUUUCGAUAUGGGCGGUGGAGAGGGCAAGUGCCUCUAUAUCGAUACUGAGGGCACGUUUCGACCUGUCCGGUUGCUAUCGGUAGCAAACCGCUAUGGAUUGGAAGGAGAGGAAGUGCUGGAUAACGUUGCUUACGCUCGAGCUUAUAACUCGGAGCAUCAACUCCAACUGCUCCAACAGGCCUCCCAGAUGAUGUGUGAGACGCGGUUUUCCCUGCUUAUUGUCGACUCUGCAACCUCGCUGUAUCGCACAGACUACAAUGGAAGAGGGGAGCUGUCAUCGAGGCAGUCGCACAUGGCCAAGUUCCUGCGAACGCUGCAGAGGUUGGCGGACGAGUUUGGAAUCGCCGUCGUCAUCACCAAUCAGGUCGUCGCACAGGUGGACGGCGGUCCAAGUGCCAUGUUUAAUCCUGACCCGAAGAAACCGAUUGGCGGUAACAUCAUCGCCCAUGCAAGUACGACUCGGCUGAGUUUGAAAAAGGGUCGGGGUGAGACUCGAAUAUGCAAAAUCUAUGACAGUCCGUGCUUGCCUGAGAGCGACACCUUGUUCGCCAUCUACGAACAUGGCAUUGGCGAUCCUCAGCCCAAGGAUGACAAGGAAUGAUUUAUGGAUGCUUUGAUGGACUGUGGCACAUAGCGUGGGCGUAUGGGUAUUGCUGUUGUUUGUUUAGCUACCAUGUUAACUAUCCUACAAAGUGGAGAUUUCUCCAUUUAUAUGCAUUUGAAAAUAUUGCAUGCCUACCCCUA